AUAAAUAAGACAUUGUCAUAUUUGAUGAACCUCGCAAUGACUCACAUUGCCCUAAAUUUUAAGUGUAAAUAAAUAAUUCACUAAAAACAUAAAAAUGGCCGUUACCAGCGGCAUGUUCCUAUUUGAAGUAGUCAUAGAAAAAGUGAACACUAUGGUGGACAGUCGGGCAUUAGUUAUCCGGAGCGACUUUGCUGACAUAUUUUCAUUGGAAUUAAAAGACCCCAAGCAAAUGCACAUAGUGAUACCUGAGCCACCACCGUUGCCGCCAGAUCCACCUGGAAAAAAGAAAAAGGCAAAACCAAAACCAAAAAAAGGAAAAAAAGGAAAGGUAGAGGCCCCGCCUCCAGAGCCUGUGAUACAGUCCGGACAGUCUGUGUUAUUCACCAGCACAGCGGAGUUCCUCAUUCAAACAAUGAAGUUGUUCCCCAUGGAACUCUCUCUCUGGAAUAAAGAAGACAACUUAACAUUCAUAGGCCUUUCAAGAAUCGAUUGGGAUCCCCAAUUUUUAAAAUAUUUAGAAAGAAUCUGCGAUGGUCUGGAAGCACAGCCAGUGACUUUGACUGAAGAGUACAACGUGUUUGAAGAAGGCACUGCAAAAUUAAUGGCUAAAAUAGGUCUUCAAAUCAAAUUGUCGUAUCUGACAGACAAAGUCACCACAGCGUUCCGGACGCUUUCAGAGGACCCAGCUGUGAAGAAAUAUUUGUAUACCGGUAUCAAUUCAAAAACAACGUCUUAUGUUUGCACCAUGAAGACGAGUGAAGAAACAUUCAUAGAAAAUUCGAAUAAGAUAGAGAACAACUUUGUACAAGAUAAGCCAAAGAGUGACAAGAUCGUCUAUGCAGAUUAUAAAAAUGCACCUGGAGCCAAUCUCACUUUCUUCAAUGAGGGUGACUAUUGUUGUAUGGGCAAUGCUGACAAACCUCCUGAAUCGAUUUAUAGGGCUCCAGAAAAAUGUCCUGAUGUUGAUUUCAUAGUAGAUUACGUAAGGAAGAUUAUUGUUUCAUGUAACGAUAACAUGAGAAUGUUAACACCUCGCCCAACUAUUUCACCAAGGGUUAAAGCGACCGAUAUUGACAGACUUUGUUACUGCCAAGAAACUAAAUGGCCUGAAGGUCAACUAGCAGAUAGAUUCAAAGAUACGGUCCAAAAGGCACCUUGCCCUGUUUGCAUAAAUGCUGGAAAGAAACCUGAGGGAUCUCGCGCAGCUACAUUUGAUAUAGCAAAUAUAAGAGGUCCAUGUGGGAGACCUGAUUGUAGAAUUGCCAGGGAUAUGAGAGCAUAUAUAGAAAAUCUAGUUGAAGAAGACGACAAGGUGUUCGAUCUAAACACUCUUAUGGGACCUUGUGGAAGUAAAACUUGUACGCUAGCCCAGAAGAUACAGGAGUUUAUCAGACAUGAGGGAGUUUUUACUCAUGAAAAUACUCAAGAAGGGCUCUCCACCCAAUGCGGCUGCCUGGAACAAAUGAAAAAGGCAUUGACGGUUCGAGAAUCAUGUUCUUCAGUAUGUUCAAAAGAUUGUCAAGAGGCCGAUACCGAAGGAGAGAAUCGAUGUGAAGGAAAGUCUUGUCCAUUUUCUAGUGGCAAUCAAAUAUAUAAUGUGUUCUAUUUUACUGUAGAGCACGACUUUGAAAAAGAUAAUCAAAAUGAAACCGACGACCCAUCUAAUACAGAAUCUGACAAAUAUAAGUACUGUCCAAAAGAUUGUCCUAGCAGCAUGAAAGAUUCAGAAAAUAUAUCUUGUUCUAAAACAGCUUGUAGCAGUGGAACAGUAAAGACUCCGGCAGACCCGGAUGACUCAGUGUGUGCUAUGGUAUGUCCAGGCAAAAAGACUGUACCCCCUAGCCCGGCUGAUAGCGAUAUCGUGAUACAUUUCGAUAAUAUACAUAAUCCUUGUUGUGUGAAAUCUUGUGAUGUCGCAGAGACUGUCAAAGAUUUCAUUGUUGACUCGGUGAUGAGUAAGAAAAAAAAGACUGAAGAUGAGGAUCCAUGUUAUUGCGACUGUACAUGUACAUUUAAAUUUUCAAACAAAACCACAUACUGUGCAGUGUGUGGAGGCUACGAAUGCUUAGGGGAAGAUAUGAAAGAUCAGCCUGAGUUCGCGAAACCCCAUCCUUGUCCCAUAUAUCACAAACUCUACGACAAAAAAUAUAUUAAGACACCUAACCCAUUCCCUGAUGAAGAAAAAGCUAAGCCAGAUAAUGCCAGCAUAAAAACUGGAGGGUCAAAAGGGGGAGGUCAACCAUUAGAGAGAAAAAUGACGUCUUCACGUUCUAUGAAGAGUUUGUCAGACAAGAAAUCGGAACGAAGAAAAUCGAAUGUUGAAGAAAAAAAGCCGAAGAAAACAAGUAUGGAGAAGAAGAAGGUAGGGAAGUUUACAGCCAACGUAGAUGAGUCAGCCCCCGCUCUAGUAGAAAAGAAGCCAGAACCGAAGUACCCAUAUCCCCAAGUUCCGAAAAACAUGGGCUGGAAUUGGACUGCCGAUGACAUCCCUGGAUUGAAGUUUCGCCCACAAUGGAAGCCCGGCGCCGCUAAUAAGAUCCUUGUAAGGAGGUACCGGGCAAUUCGGGAAGGUCUUGAUAGUAUCAUCGCCAAGAAGAAGCGAGCAAUGUUGCAGCGUAAAAAGAAAGUAGACCUAAAGCCAACGCUGGUAGUCAAGAAACUGGAUGGAGAAUAUACCGUAACCAUGGAAGUGUUCAAGAAGUAUUCCAAAGAACGACUUUUAUUCCAACAUCCGUAUGAAGAUAAGCCCCCGCUUGUAUACACGAUUGGGAAAACGGAGGCGGAGAAAGAGAAAAUACAAAAACAAAGAGAAAGGAGGGAAAGGCGAGAAACGAGACGGAAAUGCAGGCUGCUGCAGUCUACGUUCAGAGAUCGAUGUCAGGAGAUUUGCGUGAAAGCUUACAAUCAAGCUAUUGGGAUCCUGCCAUUGCCAAAUCCCAAUGAUCCCGAAUGUCCGUGUCAACUACAUACCCCUCACGAAAGCCCUCCCAUCGAUUCGUGUUCGUGUUCUGAAGAAGGAAGCAUCUCAAGUGAAGACACUGAUGGCGACGACUGGACCAUUGAAUUUUCUCCACCUGCAGCUAGAUACGACGCGAAAGCUAAACAUCCUCCUGUAAUGUGCGAUAAUGAGAGUCAAUACACUUAUUUAGACUAUAGAGUUAAAAUACUCGAUAAACAUGGAAAUCAAAUACCUCGAUUUUUUAAGGGCCCCGACGGGAAACAAGUUUGUAGUGAUUUGGGUGGAUUUUGGGGUCCCAAUAAGGUUUGGUUGGAAAUUAAUAAAGAUGGCUAUUUGGGGCCCGACGGAAGAUGGGUUCCUAUGAAUUUUACAGGUCCAGAUGGUAUGCUCUAUUCAGCAGAAGAAGGUUUCUUUGUUGACAGUAAAGGUCAGAAUCUCAAAAUAGGUAUAGAUGGGUAUAUCGAUCAAGCUGGUAAAUGGGUAUGGUAUCCAAAGAGACCAAAGCCUGCAAAAUCUGCAGCAUCGUCUUCAGCUGCCAGCAAGGUCCCUGGUAAAAAGGUAGGAAAAGGAGAACCUGCUGAUGCUCAGAAACCCAAAGUUACUUCAAGAGCAUCGUCCCCACCGAAGCCAGCAGGAGACGCCGCUAAGGGAGGUGAUAAAGGAAAGACAGGUAAGACUGUAACUUAUGGGUCGAAGCCUAAAACUGUGAUGAACGUUGCAUUCGCAUCUCGGUACAGAACAAACACAUGGCAGUAUGGAGAAGCUAAGACACCUUUGAUAGAACAAAAGAAACUGUCGAAAUAUCAGGAAAUCAUGCGGGGACUCAUGAUGUACGAUGAUAUAGCAAUGAAGAUUCCGACAAAGCAGAAUCGCGCUUCCAACACUGGAGUGUUGAAACCUAGUUCGCCUUACAAUACGAAUAUGACGACUGGCAUCGCUUUGACUGGCAUCCCAUCCCAAGAUUACAGGGAAUCUCUAAUACAAGAUGGAACUGAAGGGUCUUCUAAUUAUUAAAUAUUCAUAAACUAAUCAUUAGCAUGUAGUACGUAAUAAUUUAUUUGGAA